AUGAAUCCAUUUGCCUUGCUUGAUUUCCAUUUGCCUCAUAGAUUUUCCUUACAUGGUACGGAAUCAAAGUAUUUUGAUCAGGUGCAUGUUACCAAGGCCAAUGAUGAACAUACUACUCUACAGGCAGUUGUUGGUGGUGAUUCACCAACUUGUUUAAAAGAAGAACAAUCUUUAUGUAAUACUAAUAAUAAUAAUGGCGGAAAUUGCUCCCCUUGUAAUACUAUGACCAAUAUUAGAAAUAAUACAUUAAAUAAUCAAAGUGAUGGAUGUUGUCUCACUGAAGAAGACUCUGAAAUAUUGAAUUGUUACUACAGUUCAUCCAUGUUUCUUCAUGUGAUCGCAAGGCAAGAGCUUGAACGUUUCUUACAAGAUUCAUCAUCCAAUUCCUCAAAGGCCAACACUCUGGAAAUGAUAGAAAUGAUGACCUUGUAUUAUUCCAUCAAGGCAACUUGUGAACUCCAGAUGGGACGAAUGGACAAAUAUGAAAUCUCGGGAAUGAAGGCAAUGGAGAAUCUUGUCAAACUUUCAAGUACAAACUUGGCGAUUGCUGGAAGCUACCUUAAUAUGUGCUUGCUUGAAUUGUGGAAUGAUAGAUUUGAUAUUGCAAAAUUGUAUUUUGCAAAGGUUAUGACCUUCAAACCAUACUUUGAGAAUGCAUCGGAAGGACAGUAUGAGUACAAAUUAUUGAAAGAUGACCUCAAUAUCUCAGUCAAGUUAUUGGAGUAUACUCUAUUCAAUGCUGAUGUUAACAAUCUUCAUCAUUUAUUGUUUGAAAGGUUUCUUGUAAAUUUACCAACUCUCUUUUCGUAUUAUAGAACUGGGCAAGCGCUCAUUAAUGAAUGGAACCACAUUCUAAAGAAUCCUCACCUUAUCAAUUCAUCAAAUUGUAUGCAAGUUCAUAUGCUGAUAUUGACACUCUUGAGGGAUUGUAAAAAGUAUGAAGAAGAUACAAAGGGACGAUCAGAAAAUCUCACUUUACUGUACGACUUUUUGGAAAGUGGGAUAACAUUGGCUCUGUUAUCCAAAUGCUCUGAAAAAACGCCCAUGAUUGAGUAUACCAUUGAAUCAAGUGCAAAGAGAAUUGUCAAGUCAAUUAAGAAUCCAAAUUUUGAAUCUGCUCCAUUUGAAGUGAUCAUUUAUCUUUCAUUUGCUGCAGAGCAUCACUUGAAAAGGAUUCUACAAGGUGUUUUAUCAAGAGACUCGAUGAAUUAUGUUGAAAUGCUUCGAGAUACACUCAAUGCAUACAAAUCUCUUCAAUCCAGAUUUAAAAUAGCCAAUUUUUACUAUUAUGGGGGAGUAUUCCAACAAGUGGAUUUAUACUUCUGUAAUAAAGCGUAA